GCUCCGCUGCCGCCGCGCCAUCCGCCGCCAUCCGCCGCCCCCAGGCGCCCCGCCCGCCCGACCCCCGGCUCCCCACAAGCACCGGGCUCCCCACAAGCACCACAGGCAGAUCAGGAGCGGUGCAGAGAAAUUUCCUUACUCGAUGACAUUUCAUCGCGAUGUCCGAUCGUUCGGGGCAAAUAACCAAGGGAAAGGAUGGGAAAAACAAGUACUCGACGCUCAGCCUGUUUGAUAAAUAUAAAGGAAAGUCAGUAGAAACAGUCAGAAGUACAGUUAUUCCUAGACAUGGCUUACAGAGUCUCGGGAAAGUUGCUUCCGCACGGCGUAUGCCCCCUCCUGCCAACUUGCCAAGUUUGAAAUCGGAGCAUAAAGGAAACGACCCCAAUAUCAUCAUCGUGCCGAAGGACGGAACAGGAUGGGCAAACAAGCAAGACCCUCCAGAGCAAAAGAGUUCCAGUUGCACAGCCGCACAGCCGCGGGAGUCGCUGCCGCAGCAGGAUUUACAGAAAUCUGUCUCCAAUUUACAGAAACGGAACCCGUCAAUCAGCCAGGAGAAUACAAAUUCAGCACUCGGUGGUGUAAAAUCAUGGGCGCAGCUGAAUGGAAAGCCAGCCAGAUUAGAAGGUGGUUCAAGGGUCUCAAACCGACUGUUAUCCUUCUCUCCCGAGGAUUUUCCAACGUUGAAAGCAGCUGGAGAGCAGGACAAGUCUGGCAAAGAAAAGGGCACCUUAGAUCCGUCGUAUGGGCCCGGACCAAGCCUCCGCCCCCAGAAUGUCACAAGUUGGAGGGAAGGUGGUGGUAGAAACAGCACCUCGGCCACCUCUUUGUCCCCCUUCCCAACCGAGCUGGGUACCAAGAGCUCUAGCGCAGGCGAGGACGUUCCGACCUCAGCCAACGGGGCCGAUCCCAAGGAGCUUUCUCUCCGCCCUUCUCUGCCUCCUCGCAAAGGAGCAUCGCAGUUUAUGGCAAACACGUACCAGCCUCCCACAUACCACGACAUGCUUCCCGCCUUCAUGUGUUCAAAUCCGCCAGCCGAGACCCCAAGUUUGCCUGAACGGGGAUGCUUCCCUCUCCCCUCCUUCUGUCUGGAGCCCCGUGUCCCCUUCAGAAAACAUCAGCCCAGCGACCAAGAUGGAAAAGACAAGCGACUUGGGGCCCCACGUCCAGUUCGUCCGGUCCGACCGCCGGGAGACCGAGUCCCCAGACCGACCAUCAUCAACGCAGAGAACCUGAAAGGUUUGGAUGAACUGGACAAUGAUACAGAGGACGGCUGGGCAGGAAUUCACGACGAAGUGGACUAUUCCGAAAAACUGAAGUUCAGUGAGGAUGAGGAGGAGGAAGACACCUCCAAAGACGGGAGACAGAAAUGGAACAGCUGGGAUCCCCGAAGGCCGCCUUCCCUGAGCUCGGCCGAAAACACCGACGCCAGGUACCCCACAGAGGACCCCAAGACUUGGAACGACUCGGCCAGCCUCUCUCGCUCCAUCCGCAAAGUGUCGGAAAGUCUGCCAGGCUCGAGAAAGCUGAAUGGGUGGACCCCUCUGCCAGAAUAUCAGAAACCCCCGCUAUCAUGUCUGCGGCAACAGUGUUCCGAAGAAAAAGAAGAGAAGCCGCCCCUGAGACAGAAGUUUGUCUACUCGGAAAUGUCAGAAGCCGUCGAGCGGGCGAGGCGGCGACGGGAAGAGGAAGAGCGCAGAGCGCGGGAAGAGCGCCUGGCCGCCUGUGCGGCGAAACUGAAGGAGCUGGAUCAGAAAUGCAAGCUUGCGCAGAAAGCGGGAGAUGGUCCCAAACACGUGGAGAGUGAUGAACCCCGAUCCUCGAGCUCGGAGAAGAAUGCCGUCUCGGAGAACAGCCACGUAACUCGGAGAGCCGUCCCUGAGUCUCACACCCAGGAACCCCCUUCCGGUUACGUGGAUGAAGAGACUCCAACAGCUGCUGCCUCCGCGGCGCUCCGGAGUAGCAGCGAGGAGGAGCUGCGCGAAACUGUCUCCCCCAUGCAGGAAUUCAGCAAAUUCCCCAAGCUCCUUCCCCCGCGGUUCCAGAGAAAGCAGCAAGACCAGCUCUACAAAAUGCAAAACUGGCCACCCUCCCAAGUCUAUCCCCCUUCUUCCCACCCUCAGCGGACUUUCUACCCAGCCCACCCACAGAUGUUGGGGUUCGAUCCUCGAUGGUUAAUGAUGCCUUCUUAUAUGGACCCUCGAGUCACCCCGGGACGCCCACCUGUGGAUUUCUACCCAUCAUCCCUUCAUCAAUCGGGGAUUAUGAAGCCUGCCAUGCAACCAGAUUCCGUGAACGGGGGCAGCUGUCCAUCGGAGGAGCAGAGCUGUCAAUCUGUGGGGCUGCAGGAGAGAAAAGGGGAAGCCACCCCGAUUUGGGGUCCGGAAAGUUUUGUCCCCUUGCCGAGCAAAAACUGUUCUGUUUCCCAGCCAAAGCAAACAGAGAGUGUGACGGAGGAAGGAUUACAUACCAGGGUUGAGAAUCCUUAUUCUGCGCCCUCAGGGCAAAACGCCCAACGUGACUUCUUCGAAGAAGUCGGAGAAGACUACUUAAGCUCCUUCGAGAAGAAACCCCAGGGAAAUUUCCAUCGGUGCGUCAGUCCUGCCGAAAGGGCACCCCAAGAACGCCUCUUUCAGCCCCCCCAGUGCGGCUCUGACCUUUCCGAUCCUUGUGAUAGGAGCCUGUUGAAUUCCCCUUUGGAGUCCAGUUCCAUUCCGGAUGAAAAGAAGUCCGAAUACAACAGUUGGGACAUCGGCCAUUUUUCCAAACCCUUGGAAGAGUCGCCUUCAGGGAAAGAAGAGGUCUUCCAGGAGGACUCAUUGUUUGGCUCCGAGAUGUGGAAGAACGAAGGAUCUACCAGCAAGCAAGCCAACCCUGGAACUGGAUGGACGACUCCCGAGAACCGAAACACCAACGGUCAAACACCACAGCAGCAGCAAGAGCAAACAGGCAGAACCCGUCGAUCCGGUCCGAUUAAGAAGCCGGUACUGAAGGCUCUCAAAGUGGAGGAGAAGGAAAAAGAACUGGAGAAGGUGAAGGUGGAGGGAGAAGAGAUGUCCCAUCCCGCUAAAGAAAAGGGCCCCGCACCGAAGGCAUCAGAGGAGAUCAAUCCCGGGGGAGCGGUUGUCCACUCCGCUCACUACGAAAGACGCUCCCCACAAACCCCCGUCCAGGACAAUGAGAGACGUCACGAAGACAACGAGGAGGAUAGCAAAGAAAAGGAGAAGAUCACCAAGGACUCAGAGGGCAAGAAUCAGUCAAGGGAGUUUGCUGAGCUGCCUCCGACCAAAAGAAACAACUGGAUCUUCAUUGAUGAGGAACAGGCCUUUGGUGGACGGGGGCAAGGACGGGGCCGUGGACGCGGAUUCCGAGAAUUCACCUUCCGAGGCCGUAGCAACACAGUGGGAUGUGGAGGUGCGGCUGUUGCUGGUAGUGGCAGUGGUGGGAAUCUCCGAGGCGGUUACAACAGCAGCAACGUCGGGGGUCCCACGAGAAGUAGCCGAGGACGAGCCUUGAGAGACUUCAAUCAGGGGGAGGAGUUCCCACGGGGAAAGCCCAGGCGCCGGAUUGCGAGCGAGACCCACAGCGAAGGCUCCGAGUAUGAAGAACUGCCGAAGCGCCGGCGUCAAAGGGUCUCUGAGAAUAAUAACGAGGGUUCCCUGGCGGAAAGAGAAGAGGACGACCUCAAAAAAGGAGAUUUCCACGACUCCUGGAGAUCCAAUAAGAUCUAUUCAGAUGAUCAGGAUGCCAAGUUGAGGACCCCGCGAGCUUUCGGGCGAUCGUUACCCCCAAGAUUGAGCAACUCGACUUACGGGCGACGAGGAUUCGUUUCCAAAGAGUCUUCCCAAUGGCAGAGCCGAAAUGGUGGAAAUACUUGGCAAGAAUACGGCCACAAUGCCCCUCUGGACGCCUUUGGCAUCCGGCGUCCACCAGAGAGAGAUUACAGCCAAGAGUCUUACAAGGCGUCAGACUCGUUUAGCCGACGGGCGUUUGAAGAGGACUACGGAGGUGACCCCGAAAACGUGGAAAACCGGCCAUUCCGUCGACGGCGUCCGCCUCGUCAAGACAAACCUCCCCGAUUUAGGCGCUUGAGGCAGGAACGCGAGUCCGUGGGUCAGUGGACCCUCGAAGAAGGUGGAGCCAACCUGGUCGCUUGCCAGUGGCCCAGGAGAGCCAAACUGGUCACGACAGAUUAUAACGGUUCCUCGAACAGAAGAUCUCCGGAACUCUCCUAUCAGAAUACCUCGGAUCACGCCAACGAAGAAUGGGAGACGGCCUCGGAAAGCAGCGACUUCAGCGAGAGGCGGGAGAGGAGGAGCGGUGGGAACACGGAGAACGAGGCGCCGUUGGAUGGCGGGGUGCCCGGGAGCUCCUUGGGGGAGAAGAGAGACCUGGCUAAGAGGAGCUUCUCCAGUCAGAGGCCUGUGGUAGAUCGGCAGAGCCGUAAAUCUGAUCCUGUAGGAUUUGGGGAGAAAGCCGUACGAGCUGGUGGGAACCGACCAGCGUCCUACUAUGAAAACCAGCAGAAUGUGCUACAAAUGAGGAGCAAAAGAUCACCGGAAGAAAACGGCGUUCUUGAUAACGGCAGUCCUGGACAAAACCGUUCCGCUUACGGGUCUCACUCUAACCUGAACGGUGCCGAAAAUCUGGAGAAACGGCAAGAGAAGGAGCUGAAGUCUGCGGUCAACGAGAUGGCGGAGACCAUCAAUCCAUUCGAGAUGAGCUACCGAAAUGGUGUGAUGGAGAGCCGUGGCUCAGGGCCCGGGGCAGAGACGGAAGUGGGGACGAUGAACAGCGAAGGGUUCAUCGAGGUCCUGACGAAGAAACAGCGACGGCUGCUGGAAGAGGAACGGAGGAAGAAAGAGCAAGCCGCACAGGCUCCGGCGAAAGGCCGCGUCCUUCAGUCGCGCAUCCCACCUCGCUUUGCCAAAAAACAGAACAGCCUGUGCCUGGAACAAGGGGACGUCUCGGUGCCUCGAAACACCUUGGGGACGGAGAUUUGGGAGACCAACAGCGCAGCUCUGUCCGUUCAGUCAUCCGGUCCCGAUUCCUGGAACAAACCCAUCGGCACCUUUAUCGCUAACGAGUCCGGCUCUGCGGAGGGGUUCAAAGGCAGCCAGGGAGACAGCGGCAUCGAUCUGAGCGCGGAGUCGCGGGAAUCUUCGGCCAGCUCCUCCCAGCGCAGUUCUCCGUACGGCACCCUCAAACCGGAGGAGAUGAGCGGAGGCGGGCUGGGCGAGGCCAAGGGAGACGGGCCGAAAGAGCCGGCUUCGAAGCAGUUGGAGAAAAAGCCUCUCUGUCUUCUUGCCCAGGAUUCGGAACAAACCCUGACUCCAACGAAGGACCACAAACCGGGGCCCAUCGGCAACGAGCGCUCCUUGAAAAACCGGAAAGGCUCGGAAGGGGCCGAGCGCCUGGAGGGCAACAUCGCCCCCCCCAGUGGGGUGGAUAUUCACGUCGAUUCGGUUCUCCCUGUCCCGCCCAUUGAAUUCGGAGUGAACCCUAAAGAUUCGGACUUCAGUCUCCCCCCUGGCUCGUCUCCUGGCACCCCGGCCAACCCGGUUGCGAAAUUACAGAACGUGCUCGCCAGCAACAAUUCUGCAAACCCAACAAGAUUUAAUUAUAUCCCAUCUAUGUUUCAACAGUCUGGAUUAACCCAAUCCCUCCCUGUUAUUCGACGAGACCACCAACUUCCCCGUUGCAUCAGCUUAAACAUAUCUUACCCUACAGCAGAUCUCACCCUUAAAAUGGAGUCGGCCCGAAAGGCGUGGGAAAAUUCUCCCAGCCUUCCCGAACAGAACUCCCCCGGAGUUGUUGGCUCUGGCAUUCAGCCUACGUCCAGCAUUGGGGCUUCCAGUGGAGUCAGCUACAGCUCCUUUGGGGGCGUUUCUGUCCCCCCGAUGCCAGUGGCCUCUGUGGCGCCUUCUGCUUCGAUUCCAGGUAACCACAUCACACCCCUGUAUUUAGAUGGACACGUGUUUGCCAGCCAGCCGCGACUUGUUCCCCCGACAAUACCUCAGCAACAAGGCUACCAACAGGCAACUGCUGCUCAGCAGAUUCCGCUCUCCCUCCACACUUCAUUGCAAGCCCAGGCUCAGCUCGGAUUGAGGGGCGGCCUUCCAGUUUCACAGUCCCAGGAGAUCUAUAGCUCCAUCCCUCCCUUCAGGUCUCAGGUCUACAUGCACCCCAGUUUAUCCCAGCCCAGCACGAUGGUCUUGACAGGAGGCACAGCGUUGAAGGCACCCUACUCCGCCUUUCCAGGGAUGCAGCCAUUGGAGAUGGUGAAGACACAGUCGGGCACCCCUUACCAGCCUGUAAACGGCAGCCAAGCUCUGGUUUACGAGGGUCAGAUCAACCAGGCAUCCCAAAUGAUGGACUCGCAGCUUCAGCAGCUCACGAUGUCAAUCCCGGGGUCCCAGCUUCCGAUGGCCCGUUACGGAUCUGGCCAGCAGCCUCUCUUAUUAUCCCAGUCCAUGCACCUGCCCCAGGCGCAGAACCUCCCCGUUGGUGCCCCACGCAGAAUCCUCUCCCCCAACUCUCAGCCGUCUGCCCUGGUUACAAACAGGGAGCCUUCUCACAUGGAAAUCAAAGGAUUCUCCUUUACAGACACUAAACAGAACAUUGUGCCUGGGGGACCCAUUCCGUCUUCUCAUACUUACAGGCCCAGUUCUGCCAGCCCCAGUGGGAAGUCCUCUGGAUCGGCCGUCGGCAUGAGCUCUGUACAAAGGCAUUACAUUCAACAGGCAAAACAGCGAGUGGAUGAGAACAAAAGCCUGGGAGCCGUGAAACUUCAGGAGGCUCCUUCUACUGGUCAGAUGAAGCCAGCUCGUACAGGCGCCAUCAAGCCUCAAGCUGUCAAAGUGGAGGAGAGCAAGGCCUAAGCUCUAGAACCCCCCCACCCCCGGAAGGUUGCCCACUAGUCCUCCUGCUCAAGAGAAUGAGAGAGAGGGAGGGAGAGAGAGGAUUUGCAGCCCACGUCCUUCCCUUGGACAGCCUCCCGGGGGGGGGGGGAGAGAGGAGGGUGUGGGGCGUGGAUGGCUCCCAGAUGCUUUACGCUGAGAUGCUUUACUUGCAGCGCCGUUCUUUCCUUUUCAUCCUUGGCCUGCUUGUUUUUUUUUUUUUUAAAAAAAAGAACACCGACGACCGCUCCAUCGAAAUUCAGCAGCAUUCGAAGUCCCCUUUUGAAUUCGUGGAUUCUGGAGUGGCUCCAGCCAUUUUUGUUUGUUUGUUUGUUUGUUUUCUCCACCUGAAAGCAGCAGAAAGCAUUAAGGAGUUAAGCUUUUCCCGUGGCAUAGUGGAAAUGCUAGAUUAUCUGUUGUUCUCCUCCUGUUUUCCUUUUCCCUUUCCUUUCCUUUCCUUUCCUUUCCUUUCCUUUCCUUUCCUUUCCUUCCUUUCCUUUCCUUUCCUUUCCUUUCCUUUCCUUUCCUUUCCUUUCCUUACCUUACCUUACCUUACCUUACCUUUCCUUUCCUUUCCUUUCCUUUCUUUUCCUUUCCUUUCUUUUCCUUUCCUUUCCUUUCCUUUCCUUUCCUUACCUUUCCUUCUCCAUUCUCUUCUUUUCCUUCCUUCCUUCCUCCACUCCUUCCUUCCUUUCUUUCUUUCUUUCUUUCUUUCUUUUUUCCUUCCUCCCUCCCUCUCCUUCCUUCCUUCCUUUCUCUCUCUCUCUCUUUCUUCCUUCCUUUCUCUUUCUUUUUUUUCUUUCUUUCUCUCUCUCUCUCUCUUUCUUUCUUUCUCCCUCCAUCUUUCCUUCCUCCCCUUUCCUUCUCCUCCUCUGCUGUCCUUCCUUCUCCCUCUCCUCUUCCCUAACUUCCUCCUCCAUCCUCUUGAACCCAAUCAGGGUUUUUAACCUUCAAUCCCCAGGGAUGCUGUAUCUGUAUUUGGUAGCUGAACUUCUCCAUCUUCCGUUAGAUUUUUUUUUUCCUUCCUGCUUCUGAUUGACUCAUCUGGAAAGGAAACAUUUGCCAACCCCCCCCCCCCCCAAAUUAUGUAUUUGGAUGGAUUUUUCCUUCUUGGCUAUAUGCAACUACAAUGGCUUUCCAUCAAGCUUGGGACCUCAGCUCCGUACCUGAAGGCCUUUUCAACCAUGCGUUCUCUUUCCCUUUUGCGCGAGAGACACAAGCUUUAGAAAUCAACCAAGAUAGAAGAGAGAUCAGAACAGCUAUUUCCCCAUUGCCCCAUUCCCAAAUCCCCAACGUGUGGAAAUCAUUUCGAGAUCUUCCCAAAUCUGCCCCCCUCGCUCUCCAAACCAGGGCAUUCAUGCCGUUUUUUUAAUUUCUAUAUGCGAUUUAUUUUCGUGACAUUUUUUAAGACAAGGGAGUAUGGGAACGUAAAGCUUCUCUCAAGUUUUCUGCUAAAUCCGCUGCUUUGCCGGAAAAGUGUUUUUUUUUUUUUCUUUCAAUCUUGAAGAGGUGUGGACUUCAACUCCCAGAGUUACCUCUCUCUCUCUCUCUCUCUCUCUCUCUCUCUCCCAAAGCAGGCUUUUCAGCAUGAAUUCUGGGAGUUGAAGUCUGCAGAUCUUAAAGCAGGCUGGCUGGGGAAUUCUGGGAGUUGAAGUCCACCCAUCUUCAAAGUUGCUGAGGUUGAAAAAACAGUUGACUUCCAGGCAUAUGUUUUAUUUGAUUGUGGAUUGAACGUGGGAAAGAUGCUUUUCUCUUUCCCUUCUUCCCAUUUUCCUUCCGCUCUCCCCUCCACCCUCCUCUGCUCAUCCUUGACUCUGCAUUCCUUCCUUUGCUUUAGCUAAUUCUGUUUUUUUCUUUCCAAGCUCUCUCUCACCCCUUCCAUCCAUCCUGUUUCUCAUCCAGCAGUCCCGUUUCUGCAGAAACAGAGCAGAAGUGUCUCUCGGUAACAAACCAAGGGCUUUGUUUUCAAAUUCCUGCAAAGAUAAUUAAUAAAUAAAUAAAUAAAUAAAUAAAUAAACCAUAGCAUGCAGGGAGGUUUUGACAUUUUUUUCCCUCCUUCUCUCUCCUUCCCAACUUGAUAGCUAAAAAUGACAAAAGCACCUUUUUGCACGAUCAUUGUUGGAAAAAUAGAUUUAAGUAGGGGAGUUCUGCAUACGGGUUUGGUUUUUUUAAGAGAAAAAAACGCAGGAGUCAUCAGUAAGCCUAGCAUCUUGCAAAUGGCCACAACCCUCACAAGAGACAUUCCCUAUGACUGAGAGUCCAAGCCAUUAAAAAAAAAAACCUCUGCUUUAGCUAAGGUGUCCCACCAGCCUCUUGGUUGGCGGUUCCAAACACCACAUUUUUUGGAGUGGGUGGGAAACAUAAUGCAAAAACUUCAGAAGCAGACAAGCUUGGACUCAGACCUGCUGUCCAAAAGAGACGAUUUUUGAAUUUCGAAUUCCGGUAGCUGUCCAAAUGUCCUUUUUAGCAUUUGUUUUUCUACAAGAGCUUUUGUCAAUAACGUUGGCUUCGUCAGCUCCUCGGUUUCAUCGGCGUGCAUUUUGAGAUCCCUUCCCAACCAUUUCCAGAGGUUUAAAAUGGAGGGGCUUUUCAGAGCAUUGCUGGGGAGAGGGAGCAGUGUUGUUUUUUUAAAAAAAAUGGCACUGAAAUUUGGGGUGGGACAAAACUCUCUACUGCUUUAAUCAUUUGGAGUUUAGUAAUUCUUCGAUAUUUGCCUUUGGAACUCUGCCAAACUUUUUGUGCAUUUUGAACCUUAGUUUUACUCCCUGUAAUUCUCGCAUUUUAAAAAAAAAUUUUUUUUUUUUGCUUCCUUCUAUGCCUCUGCUUAAAAAAUAUUGCAAGCUGCAGAAUUUCUCACACAAAACGCCUCGAAAACAUUUGAAUUUGACCCGGCCAGCUCCGUGCAAAAAUUAAAUUGCAAUCUUGGCGUAAUUGCUUUGCUUUUCCUUUAAUUUUUCCCUUCCUUUGUGCAAUGAUUAGCAAAUUGCAAUCCUGUUUCUUUUAGUGGCGUGUAACUGCUUUGCGCCCGGGGUGAGUUUUUAUUUUUAUACUGUUUUCUUCGUCUGGCCGAAUUUUUGGCCGUUUUUUCUUUCAAGUUGCGAGGCAGCUAGAUUGAUUGUUAGAUGCAAAACGAGCAUCGUAAACCUUCUGGUGGGAAUUUAAAUCAGAACUGCAACUCUUAGGAUAGAGGAUCGUUCUGCCUUUCAGCUGUUUUCUUCCACUCCAGCAAAAUUUAAAAACAAAACAAAACACUAGAAUUUAUUUAUACGUAUUUGAUGUUGUAGGUGAAAAGAAUUAAAUACUUCACUGAUCUAUUUAUAUAAUGUCUGGAUUUAUUCUGCACAGGUCAGGCCAAGAAAGGGUCCAUAGAUUUUUUUCUAUUUUAUCAAAACUCGCUUUUUGAUUCUAAAGCUUUUUAAACCGUAGCCGUUUAAAUUGUUGGCAAAAUCUUCUCGCUUUGUUUUUGUCUGCUGGAACCCUCCCCAAACUCGGCGGCUCACAAUAUCGUGAUGUUCUUGAAAGAAAACUAAACCCAUCUCGGUUUCCUUCACUACAAAUUCAACAAAUUUUUUUGUGCGUGUUUUGUGUGAACCUUGAGUUGCAAGCAAAAAGUUUUCGGAUCCUUAUUUCUGAAUGCAGCCGCUGUGAUUUUGCGUCCGAUCGGCGUGUCGGUGAGAGGAAGAGGGGAGCGAUUCGGCACAAGCAAUUUUCUCCUGCAUGAACUGUGUAAACACCAAAAUUUGGAUAUUGGCAAGGACGGUUGUUGUUUUUUUUCCCCUCCUACCGAAAGGAAAGAAGAUUGGAUCACUUCCCAAGAUUGCGCCUGUCAAAUUUCAGCUCUGCACAUGAUAUUCAGGGGGGAAAAAAGAAAAAAAAAUCAGAACGAAAGAACCGCAGUCCGUUUAUAAACCAGAAACAAGCUAAUAAGCGCUUCUUUUGAUCAUUAUUAUUAUUUUUUCCUCAAAGUCUUUUUAAAGCACUGGGUUUCAGCUGCAGUUUGUGUUUUCGUUCAGCUACAUGAUGCCUGUAAAUAGAAUUUUAAAUCCUGCAUUUCACCACUUCCUCUCUCUCGCAUUUCAAUUUGGGCCUAAUUUCCCCCCCCCCUUGUAAAAACUCCGAAAAUUGUUCUUUAAACUGAAGGUGUGUGAAAGAGAGAAAAAGGGAGAGGCUAAAGUUUUAAAAGAUGAACUGACACACAUUUGUAGAUUGUAGUUAACAUAGAUCUUUUCCCUUCUUGCCUUCUGCAAAAGGACCCUCCAUAUUCCUGGCUCUUCUUUUAUUUUUUCAGAGAGUUAUAGAUGGAAAAAACCCAUCAAUUUAAAAGUUUAUCCUUAGCCACAAGACUUCCUUGCAUGCCAUUUUAAUCCCCCCUCCCCUUUUCCUUUGUGUCCUUUAGCCUUCGGUGUGAUGCAAAAAAAAAUCCUCUUUCCGUGUCACCUCAAAAUAUGGCAGGCAGAUUUAAUUUAAUUAGCUUUCAUCCGAUUGGAAAGCUGAUUCAAAGCGCUUGGCUUUAAUUUGUCCUGUGGCUUUUAAAGAGCAUUUUUUCGCCAGAGAUGUGCCGGACUGAAAAUUGUGGGUAUCGUAAGCGCUAACACAACACUUGGUCGUCGACAGAAGGCUGAACUGCUUAAAAGUCCGUCGAAGAUGAUCAACAGAAGCUGAAUAAGAUGAUGUUCAUAGCAAAAGUUUCUUCUCUCGUCCUGUAUAAAUCACAUUCUUUUUUUAAAAUUUUAUUUUAAAGAUGGUAUCGUACCUGUUCAUGUUUUAAUCUUGCAAACCUGUACAGUAAAAUCUUUUUUUGUUUGUUUGUUUUUGUUUUGUUUUUUUGGGUGGGGGGCUUCUCCUGUGUUUUGUCUUUUCAUGUAGAGCAGAUAUUUGAAAGGGCAAACGGUGAAUAACAUUUGCAGACACGCGACACGUUUUAAAAUCUUUCGGAGAACUGCCAAGGCCGGUAAAAGACAGUUCUCGUUCGCCCUUUUAUGGGGUGGUUUUUCUUUUUUGGGGAGGGUUUUCGUUUUUGUUUGGGUUUUUUUUUUUUCUUCCAGUUUCUAUGGUUUCUCCUUUCAAAUAUGUGAUUGUAUUAGCUCUUUCCAUACGAAAGAAUUAUCCUUAUUUAAAUUAAAAAAAAAUAAAGAAAUAAAAGUGA